AUGUAUCCAUACGCCCUCUUGGCUCUGUUCCUCACCGGUAUCGCCAACGCUGCAUUUCCAGAUUGUGCAAAGGGUCCACUAGCUAACAACACAAUAUGCGAUGCCUCUGCUGAUACAAGAACAAGAGCUCUAUCUCUCAUAUCCCUAAUGUCCAUCAAUGAGAAGAUAGACCAGACCGGCAACACAGCCCUGGGCCUCUCGCGCCUAGGCCUACCAAAGUAUCAAUGGUGGAACGAGGCCCUGCACGGCGUUGCAAAGUCGCUCGGUGUGAAAUUCAAUACCGCAGGAGAGUUCAGCCACGCGACAUCGUUCCCGCAGCCGAUCUUGAUCGGCGCCGCGUUUGAUGAUGCACUCAUCAAAGCCGUUGCAACAGUCGUGAGUACGGAGGCUCGCGCGUUCAGUAAUGCGAAUCUGGCGGGACUGGACUACUGGACACCGAAUAUCAAUCCCUUCAAGGACCCAAGAUGGGGCAGAGGUCAGGAGACGCCCGGGGAGGAUCCGUUCCAUCUGAGCUCCUACGUCAAGAACCUGAUCGCGGGCUUGCAAGGGGAUGGAGAAUACAGGAAGGUUGUGGCGACGUGUAAGCAUUGGGCUGGGUAUGAUCUUGAGGACUGGGCUGGGAAUUCGAGAAAGGGGUUCGAUGCGGUGAUCGGCAUGCAGGAUCUGAGUGAGUAUUACUCGCCGCCAUUCCAGACCUGUGCGAGGGACGAAGAUGUGGGGAGUGUGAUGUGUUCGUACAAUGCCGUCAACGGCGUCCCGACAUGCGCGGAUCCGUACAUCCUCCAGACAAUCCUGCGCGACCACUGGAACUGGACGUCCGAGGACAACCUAGUUGUAAGCGACUGCGACGCCGUCUUAAACGUCUUCUCCCCGCACAACUACACGUCCACCCUUGAAGAAGCCGUCGCCUCAUCCCUCCUCGCCGGCACCGACAUAAACUGCGGCUCAUCCUACCAACGCUACCUCCUCUCCGCCCACACGCAAGGCCUCUACAACGAGUCCGCCCUCGACAAAGCUCUCGUCCGCGCCUACUCCACCCUCAUCCGCCUCGGCUACUUCGACCCCCCAGCCGCACAACCCUACCGCAACCUCGCCUGGAGCGACGUCAACACCCCAGCCGCACAGAACCUCGCAUACACCGCCGCCGUCAAAGGCAUCACCCUUCUCAAGAACGACAACCGCAUCCUCCCCCUGACCCUGACCCCCAAUACCUCCAUCGCCCUGAUCGGAAACUGGGCCAACGCCACCACCCAAAUGCAAGGAAACUACUACGGCGUCGCACCAUACCUCACCUCCCCCCUCGCCGCAGCGCAAGCUCUCGGCAUCUCCAUCAAGUACGCACAAGGCCCAACGGCAAGCGAUCCCGCAACAGGCACAUGGCCCGACAUCUGGGCGGCAGCUGACGCGGCCUCCGUCCUCAUCGUCGUAGCCGGCAUCGACAACAGCAACGAAGCAGAAUCGCGGGACCGCGACGUCAUAACCUGGGGCGCGGGCCAAACCAGCGUCAUCAAGCGACUUGCCGGCUACGGCAAGCCGAUGGUAGUGGUGCAGAUGGGCGGCGGCCAGGUGGACUCCUCGUUUAUCCGCGACGACGAGCGGAUUGGUGCGCUGUUGUGGGCUGGGUACCCGGGGCAGGAUGGGGGGAGGGCGGUGAUGGAUGUGCUGACGGGGAAGGCGGCGCCGGCGGGAAGACUGCCGGUUACGCAGUAUCCGGGGGGCUAUGUGGACGAAGUUAAGAUGACGGAUAUGAGGCUGAGACCCGGGGAGGGGAGUCCGGGGAGGACGUACAGGUGGUAUGAGGGGGAGGCGGUGUAUCCUUUUGGAUCGGGACUGCAUUAUACGACGUUUGAUGUGAGUGUCGAGGAAGGAGAGCAGGCUCUGAGCUUUGAUAUUGCCGAAUUGGUGGAUGGGUGUACGGAGAAGCAUCUCGAUCUGUGUCCAUUGGCCAGCGUGCCGGUCGCGGUCACAAAUAGUGGAAAGGAGGUGACGUCGGACUUCGUCGUGCUGGGCUUCGGUGUAGGAAGCAAUGGACCUGCGCCUUAUCCGAAGAAGAGCUUGAUUGCAUACGAGAGGUUGCUGGGAAUCGCACCAGGCAAGACGAAGACGGCGCACCUGAAUUUGACGCUGAAUAGUCUUAGUCGGGUUCUUGAGAAUGGUGACAGGGUGUUGUUUCCAGGGACAUAUCAGUUACAAGUCGACAACCAGCCGCUGACGACGCUGAAGUUGACAUUGACUGGCAGUGAGCUUUUGUUGGACGCAUGGCCUCAACCGCCAGCGAGUGCGGUCACGCGACAGCACGAUGACUUCUUGUCUUCAGGUGCCUGA